CAAAACACUCCUGUGUUGGUGCAUGAGGAAGGCAGCUCAAAGAUUUAGAGAGUUUUCAGUGCAUGCACCUUUGCAGCUGCCAAGAACACCAACGACAAAAGCAGGAACUACAGAUCCUGGGGAAAAAAUGCUUUGAUGGACACCUUCAUGGUCCAAAUGGGACUCUGAUUACUGUGAGAGUGUCUAGCUACGGCUUUUAGUUUCUGUCUGCACCUCAUACCUAGCUCACAUGAAGAAUAUUUUUGGGGGCCUCGGAUUGGGGCAGGGCGGUACAGUGCAGCUGGAAUUUAAGAACGAUGAUGGAGCCCCCGUCAAAACAGCGACCGUCAAAGCUGGAGGUGGUGAGACAGAGACCUUACCGCUCUUCACUAACAAAGACACCAUCACAGGAGAGGUCAAGGUGGCCAACAUCCCUGGGAAGAAGCUGGAGCAUCAGGGCAUCAAAGUGCAGCUCAUAGGGCAAAUAGAACUAGCCACAGAGCGAGGCCACCCUCACGACUUUGUGUCACUGGUGAGGGACCUGGCGCCACCAGGGGAAGUCACUUCUCCGCAGACAUUGCCAUUUGAAUUUUCCAACGUCGAGAUGCAGUAUGACUCAUUCAGGGGUUUGCAAGUGCGCCUGAGGUAUCUGCUGCGAGUGACAGUGACCCGAGGAUAUGGUGCCAGCAUCAGCAAGGACUUCUUCUUCUGGGUCCGCAAUUACUCAUUGCCACCGCCGCCCAAUAACCUGCCUCCUAUAAAGAUGGAGGUUGGGAUUGAGGACUGCCUGCACAUCGAGUUUGAGUACGACAAGAACAAGUACCACUUGAAGGACACCGUGGUCGGCAAAAUCUACUUCCUGCUGGUGCGGAUAAAGCUCAAGCACAUGGAGAUCGAGAUCCGGCGGCGGGAAACUACAGGAACGGGGUCUGCGGCGCGAAACGAGAGCGAGACGCUUGCCAAGUAUGAGAUCAUGGACGGCGCACCUGUGCGCGGCGAGAACAUCCCCAUCAGGCUGUUUCUGUCGCCGUACGACCUGACGCCCACGUACAAGCUGGUGCACAACAAGUUCAGCGUCAAGUACUACCUCAACCUAGUGCUUGUCGACGAGGAGGACCGGCGCUACUUCAAGCAGCAGGAGAUCCAGCUGCUGCGGCUGGCGGAGCAGCCGGCGGCGCCUGCGGAGGACGGCGUUCCUGUCACGACGCCUAAAGUGGCGCCGGCGCCUGCACGGCUCAUCACCCCUCCGCGCUCCCCCGGGCCCUGACCUACUCAGGCUGCGGGGGGGACUCUUAGAGCUUCCUGAGCUGUUGUGUCAUCCAAUGCAGCAGGGCUGCUUUGUCGGUGGGACAACCUGUUACAGGCUUUUGCAGGAGGGGUGCAAGGACAGCGCUGGCUGGGUUUGUUGGGGCACUCAAGACUGCUUGAACAUGAGAGACAGGACAUGAGCAGUAUAGCAUGGCCUGUGAUUCAGCAGGAUAUUUUAGGUGAAUGGAGCAGGGAGACGCCAUGUUUGCCAAUCUCGUUGUGUUGGCUGGACUGACAUGCAAGUCAGGGCAGUCAUCCUGGAGGGAACUCAUUAGCGGGGAAGGCAUCCUGAAUCUGUGGGAGAGGGCUAACAAUGGCCUGCUGAGGGCCUUUGUCCGGAUGGGGUUUGAUAGUACCAUUUGUGCAAGGUGUCAAUGUAUUGCAAGGAGUGCUUUGCUGGGCAGCAGUGCGGGAUGCAACUGCAUGCAAAGAGGUGUCAGACUUGGAUCUGCUCGGUUGCUAGAAGUGAUACUUUCGCACCCAAAUGAACUCUCUAGUUGUAUGUCAUGGUGGGAGGAAUCAGGAGAGGUGAGGAUCUUCUUAGAAUCAACUGGAAUAUGGAUUUGCAGCAUUGCAGCAUGUAUGGUUUGGACAUUGCAGUUGUCACAAUUGUCACGGCCUGACAUGUCACAAUUAUACUUGGAAGAGGCAGUCUCACGAC